AUGCAACCUGCGCAACCAUGGAGUCUUCCUCCGGAGAUACUGGCAGCCAUUUUCGAGCAUCUACGUGCACUUUCACCUGUCGGUGAUAUCGAGAACUACCGGUCACCCUUCACCAGUACGUGGCUCUCUGUCAGCCAUGUAUCGCAGCUAUGGCGUGCUGCAUCUCUAGGACACACCAUGCUGUGGACUACUAUCACUUCGGGAAUCAUGGCUCAUAUCGAGCUCUACAAACUAUUCCUACAACGAUCAGGCGCCGCUCUUCUGGACGUGGACGCCGGAGUAGCGCAGGACUGGCCAUCGCAGGUACAAUAUCUACUGAAGGAGGUUCACCGUGUGCGGCGCCUCAAAAUUGUGGUCGACUCACACGAUCCUCUGACCUCGGCGCCAGCUAUCCCUUUCGUGAACAUGGUCAACCUCAUGGAUAACAUGGAUCCCGCGCCGUGCAUGCUCAGCUUCGACCUCGCGCCCGUAUAUCACUCGAUGGCCAACGAGAUAUCCUAUCAGGCUCCUUUGCGCAUGAUCAAUCGCAUACAACUCGCCGCUCCUGCACUGCGCAGCCUAUCGCUUAGCUGCACUCCUUUCUCCUGGGCAGAGGCUAGCAGCAAUCUGCGCGAGCUUACUUUGGACAUGAUCACAAUACCCGGCGCCUCGAUCAAUGAUAUAUUGGACAACCUUCGUCGUAUGCCAUUAUUGGAAAAAUUGGCGCUAUCCCAUGCCUUACCAGAGGACGACGGUCAUCCCGAAAUAUACCCCGUGGUCCACCUCCCUCGGCUCCAGGUUCUUCAUUUGGACGAAGACGGAGAUGCUGGCACGCAUUUUCUGCAGCUGUGGUCGUCAAUCGAAGCUCAUCCCGAGAACUACACACGCAUUGUGGGCUCAUCUGCCACUGCGGAGCUCAUCCUCCAAGUUGCGGCCCGCGCCCUAUCGCGUUAUUCUUCCACAGCCGGAUAUCUAUCCUGCCCUCUGUACUUACAGGUGGCAUUCGAGGUCGAAAUCAAGCUCUUCUUUUGUCCACUUGGGACCACAAUGCAGCGCAUGUCGCUUGAGCAAUCGUUCUUGCAUCCCGGACUUGAGCUCUCUUUACUGGAAGAGUUUGAGUCUACUCACGUCAGAGGAUCUGGCCAUAUGAACCUCUGGUCAGGCCUCGCCGCAACGCUUCCUCUUCAGAGGGUUGUUCAUUUACACGUACCAUACGACGACGUCGAUGGGACAGAAACGAGAGAAAUUGCUACAUUUACCCGGCGCAUGACGAGCCUGGAGAGGCUUUCGUUUGAACACCUCCACCCUAUCGGACUCGAAUACAUAUCGCAUGCGCUCUCGCAGUCGCCACAAUCCUCUGGUGGAUCCCUACCCCUACCCGCACUCAGGAGGAUAGAUCUUCAGUUCUGCACAUUCGAUGCGGGCAGCGUCGAAACCCUGUUGAAUGCGCUCGCUCAGCGGGCACAGGUUGGGUUGAAACUUCACCAGAUGACAGUCGGAUUCUCUGGGUUCGGUGAGGAAUGGUUGGAGCGAUUUGAGGAGGUUGUCUAUAAUGUUGGGUGGGACUAUGAGCCCCUGCCGCCUGAGUAG